AUACAUUGCUUGUGAUUUAUCUCGUUGUUCUGGUGGGGAGAAUUAAUGGAUGAUUUCUUACCAUGCGGUUCGAGAUUGGCAGGAGAGGUAAGAACCAUCGUUAGCUAUCUAAUGGAAGGAGCGGUAGGGACUACCACCACGGACUGCCUGUCCCUCACAAAUUUUCCAGUAUCCUCAUUCAAAUACAUCAUAGUAAUAAUUAUCGUCAUUGUUUUUUGGCAGCCGCUCGUUUUGUCAACUCGUUUCUAAUAUCCAUCCCUAAUCUUGGAAUAUCCACACAGCCCGUCAUUGAUCUUCCUUCAGUAAGACCAAUCCAUGACAACAUUCCCACUCCAUCUCUACCUACUUUUCGCGCCACUCGUCCCUAAAAAUGACUCUAGGCUCGAUGUCUAACCUUGAAACAAGCCAGCCGGACGAAUCGAAAACUUCGUCUAUACCUUUUGCCUCUCCUUCUGGUAGCUCUAGUCCUGAAAGUAAUACAUCGAUUUCUCCACUUUCGUCUGCUUCUUUCGUUAGAUCACUCAAGGAUCGUGUUGUGCCACCGACUCUAGUCGACUUGUCAGAUGAGGUGGUACUUCAGAAAUUCGUGAAAAUGACUCCAACUAUGAAGAUCAUGGGUAAAGGUAAAGGGUUGGAAGUUACCACCUUUACUCGGUAUGAGGCUUUCCCUAUAUUGGUCGACACUUCAAUCCCGUCAAAAGAAUUUGAAUUUGGUACUUUCGUUUCCUUCGAGAAUUUCUUAUUUGUUCUAACAUGUCAUCAACUAGAUAUUACUCAAACCAACGAAACACCUGUAGCCAUGUUAAUACGCUCACCAGGCUCUGCUGGUUCCGGAUCACAUACUACCCAAGGUAAAAGACCAAAACUCAAGGCAUAUAAACCUUUUACAACUCUGGGGUAUAAAGGAGGGCACAAGUUCAAGCAGAUCAAAAAGGAAAACGAUGACAUUUUUGAGGAUGCACCAGUCGAACCAAAAUCUCGUACUGAAGUUUACGCAGAAUUCAACACGGCUCCGUCAUCACCAGCAAGACGUUUAUCAAUUUCUGACAAACAUGAUAUGGAUGCUGACAAACAUGAUAUGGAUGGUUCGUACGAUGAUAAGCCUGAAUUCUCCCCUGGCACAACCAUACAAGACUUUGGUGCAUUGCCCGAUCAUCUCCGGGGCCCUUGCUUUGAAGUGAGCCCGAGAACGAGCGUUUUGGAUGGUCCAACCAUUAUUCCAAAUAUAGACAACAUAUUGUCUAUGAAUAGAGCUGAUACCUCAUUGGAAUCAUCCCUCAUGAGACCUCUCGAGGCAGUGCCUGAAGCAUUGACAUCUCCAGAAGUAGUUGGGAACUGUAUGGAACAAUCUGACGGCCCCGCUCCUAUUCCCGCCAUUGUACCAGACGUUGGUGUUGAUUCUCCAGUUGGAGAGUUACCUGUCGACCCAAUAGUAAAGGAAAAUAAGGACGCAAAGCGCACACACAAAACCAUUAAGAAGGUUCGAUCGGGCAUAAGAAAAGGCAGAUAUCGUUGUCUGAGGACACCGAUACUCGUGGUGAUUCUAGGAAAAGAGCUUUCAAAACCAACCAAAAUAGCCAUUGAAAAUAUCGCAAGUGGACUUCCCUCAGGCCUUGGUGAAGUAGAGCCCCUUUCCAAGUGAUGACAAAGAUGUCUUUGCGAUGAGAGCUAAAUUCAAUAAGAUGGAAGGACCUCUCUCGCCGUCCGCUCCGCUUCCCCAACUUGAACGACUUACGCCUAAUCCUGUAACAGAAAACGAUUGUUGUGAUGACUUGGAGUGCUAAAUUUGAAUGCUUUGGUAUUUUUGAGGAUUGAAAUUGAGCUUGGUAACGAUUGCAGACGGAAUGGCUUGUUAGAAUGGAUACUAUCAUACACCCUAAUACAAGGAAGUUGAGAACCUCAAUCAAAAGCCUCUAAUGAUGAAAUGUGAAAAGUUCUAGAAUUUGAGAUGAUAUGUCUGAAAUAUUUUUUGCGAACUCAUAUUAGAUGAACUUUCCUCUCUGAGAUUUAACAGUGACAGAGAUGUAGUUGAACGUAUGAGCUUGACACAGUUGAGGCUAUCUUUAGCACAGAGUUACUCAGUAAAUGGAGAGACAGGAAACGCGAUUGUUUUAGAAAACAUUAGUUCAACUGAAGGACCUUUCCAUGGGUCAUUAAUUGGGAUUUUUGGGUUUGUGUAAUUGUCUGGAUCUUUGACACGCUUCGGUACACGCUACCACCGUAGAGUUGGAGGCCGGCCGGCGACAUGGCAGACAUGAAGAUAUACUAUUGCAGCGAGGUCAGGACUGAAAAUUGCGCAG